AUGCAUAAUAACAUUGCUGUUAGGUCUGCCCUGUUUAAACGUGGUAUGAGUGUUGAUGAAACAUGUCCUUGCUGUGGUGACAGUCCCGAAACUUUACUACAUGCUAUCUUUCUAUGCAAGGAGGCUCGUUUGAUCUGGUAUGCUUCCCCGCUGCGCUUGGAGUGUCCUGAUUCUGGUAUGACUUCUCUUCAAUGCUGGCUUUCUUUCCUGUCUUCAAAAUUCAAAGAGAAAGCUUGGUGGGACUUAUUCUGGUGCAUCCUAUGGGGCAUUUGUCUUAAAAGAAAUUCUUUCCUUUUUGAGAAAAGAAUUGUUGCAGUGGAAGAUGUUUUUGUGAAGGAUGGAGGUCUUUCUCCUGCGAUAAGGCAUCUGGAGGAGAGGUGGACUAAGCCUAGCAAUGGGGUUAUCAAAAUUAACACUGACGCGACUUGGAAGAAGAACAACAAGGUUGGAGCUGGUGUUGUUGCACGAACUGAUGAUGGGGCAUGGUUCUUUGCAAUUGAGGAUGUUGCCAAUUAUGGUACCCAUGAGUACUCGGUCAUACUGAAAGAUAUGGAACGCCUUUUGAGUAAAGGGUGUGACUUCUCAUCCAAUUACAUCCCAAGAGAGGCAAAUAGAGUAGCCCACUACUUGGCUAAGAUUGCAAUGAUGAUGGAGGAUGGAGUCAGUAAGCUCUAUGACGAACCACCACUACGCGCACUGGAUGCCUAUGAUGAUGACAGAGCUCAGAACAAUCUUCAGAUGAAGUAG